GAUUGAAGGAAUAAACAAAUUAUUAGUCAGCCCUUGUCAUCAAGUAAACAGAUGUUCCUGAAGAUAAAGGACUUGGAAUUGCGACAACAAAUGCUAAUAAACGUAUAUAUAUGUACCAAGAUGCUGUGAGGCUGAACUUUAAGAUCUUUUGAUCUUACGCUGGUUAAAGCGUGAAAGGUAUUGUUGGACGCAUGCUUGUAACUAGCAAUUCAUCAAAAUAAAUAUGCGAUUUCUGAUCCUACUAUGUUUUGUGGCAGCACUGAUACAUUCUCAGAAAAUUCAUACCAAGAAAUUUUUCCUUCAAAAGACUUCUGACAAUACCAACGAAAUUCUCUUAAUAGUCACAUGGUCUCAAAAUCAUUUAAAGGAAAUCCCGAAAAUAAUAAGUUGUGAAGUUUACUCUGAUGAGGAGAUUAUUCUAAAGGAGAUUGGAAAUAAUAUAGUCAGUAAACCAAGCUUAGAAGAAAUGACAGACAUCCGUGAAGAUUGCGCGAAGCUUUUACGCCACAAUUCACAGAUGGAGACAUUUCGCAGCGUUUUUCAAAGAUUUGAGGAUUUUAAUUACAGCAGAAGAAGAGGAAUUCCAUUUACAAAUGAUGCAGAGAUGAGGAUUUCUGAGGAAGCUAUAGAGAAAUGGAAAUCAGGAUCACAUGGCUCAUGGUUCGUUUUUCCAGAUACAAAAUGGUGCGGACCGGGAGAUAAUGCAGAAAGUUAUAAUGAUUUUGGUUAUGAUGAAGCUGCCGAUAAAUGUUGCAGAGCUCACGACUUCUGUGAUGAUGCAUUGUUAGCAGGAGAGACGAAAGGCAAUCUAACGAACAAAUCGUCGUACACAUCGUUGAGUUGCGAAUGCGAUGCCGAGUUUUAUUCCUGCUUGAAAAGCGUUCAUUCUGUAGUUUCUGAUGCGGUUGGGGCUUGGUACUUUAACAAUUUUCAAAGACCAUGUUACGAAUUAAACUAUCCAUUUUCUGACAAAUGUUUGAGAACUACGGAAUCCGGCGUCUGCGAAGAAUAUGAAAGAAACAUGACAGCUCCAAUGAUCUACCAGUGGGUAUUGGCCAAGCCAUACGAAAAAAGUACCAAUACAAAAUAUAGAUAAAAUAUAUUUCUGCCUUCUGAUUCUGUAUGUUCAACACGAAAGAUACACUUAUAAUAACAGAUGAGAUAUAUGUAUAAAAUAUAACACAGGGCCUUAAUGUGUUAUUAAAUAUUAUCAUUUAAUUCCAAAA